CCUCCCCUCUCUCUACGUUGACGUGGCCCUCUGCUAGUCGGAAGCGAGAGAACCGGAAACCGAGGAUAGUAUCACACAUCAGAAAGCCAAACUAAAUCUGCAACCAACUAAAAUACACAUAAACAAGGAAUAACAAUCCAGAAUGGUGACUGACGUGCAGCUGGCCAUCUUUGCCAACAUGUUGGGUGUGUCUCUGUUCCUGCUGGUGGUUCUAUAUCACUAUGUAGCCGUCAACAACCCCAAGAAACUGGAGUAGAACUGGCUUGUCCAGAGGAGGAGAGAUGGAGGUGGCUGAGGAGGACCAUAGAGAGUAGCAGUGAGAUGCCAUACGUCUGCAUGCAUUAGGGCUGUCUCAUUCUGUGCAGGUGUUUUCUAAUAAAAUGACUCUACAAACGCC